CCUUAAUGUAUAGCAAUCUAUCAAUGGAUUAUAACCUUUAACUAAUGUUUGAUUGCUUUUAAGAUUUGCAAUUUCAUUGUUGCCCACUAACUGCUUGUGAAAAUGCGUUAACCAAUUUUUGUUUAUCAUUUGGUGAAUUAUGUUGAUAUAUGUUGGUGGGUUUUGAAGUUGAUGUAAUUGCUUUGAGGAAAAAUUGGGUUGUCAUGAUACGAGGUAGUGGUUUUAGGUUGAAAGGGUGGCAGCAGGCUGCUGUUGCAGUUGGUUCUGCAGUUGGUGCAUUGUUAGAUCCUCGAAGAGCAGAUCUUAUUGCUGCUUUGGGCGAGACGACGGGGAAACCAGCUUUUGAUAGGGUUCUUGAAAGGAUGAAGAGGAGUCCUGAAGGCAGAGAAAUACUGUUGGAGCGACCUCGUGUGAUCUCUACAAGUGUGGGGCAUGCAUGGGACCUGCCUGACAACACUUUUGGUGCUGCAUACGCAAGGUUUAUGGGAUCUAGGAACUUUUCACCAGAUGAUCGCCCACCAGUGCGAUUCAUGGAAACUGAAGAGUUAGCAUAUGUGGCUAUGCGUGCUCGUGAGGUGCAUGAUUUUUGGCACACCCUUUUUGACCUUCCAACAAACCUGAUCGGAGAAACAGCACUAAAAGUGAUAGAGUUUGAACAGAUGCUACUCCCCAUGUGUUUGAUGUCUGUGCUAGGGGGUACAGCAAGGUUUAGUGACAAGCAAAGGAGCUUGUUUUACCAGCAUUACUUCCCAUGGGCGCUUAAGGCUGGAGCUCGUAGCACAGAUCUUAUGUGUGUUUACUAUGAAAAACAUUUCCAUGAGGAUUUGGAAGAUGUUCGUCGUAAAUGGGGAAUAAUUCCAGCUCCACCUCCUCCAAGACCAAAUGCAACAAUCGUUGUACCUCUUUGAAGAGGAGGAAUUGAAGCUAUUACAAACUUCCCCGCGAUUUGCUCUAUACGAACAAAUGUAGAUAUAUCUACUAUAUAUGAUUGUAGUGAGAGAUAAAACAAACCUUUUAAGGUUUUUGUGAGUUCUUUUCUUUUGUUCUCAUUUUCAUUUUUCAAGUUACUUGUACUUGUUAGUUAUAAAGGUGGGAUGAAAUGCUCGUUUUAUCACACCAUUGUUAUAGAACCAACCAACCAAAUACUUGCUAUGAAACCAUAUUAUAACUCAUCCAUUUCAAA